GUUUGUUACGACAUUGACAAAGGCGCUGAGGAGGUAAAUCUGAACGUGUGGGGCCAUAAUGAUGGGCGAUACUAUGUCUAGUGCUGCCGGCACAGUCAAGGCAGAGGCUGUGGUCAUGCCUGACUUUGGCAGGGGUCCACCACAAGGCUGCCCAAUGCACCAGAAUGUCAAACAAAGUGUUCCACCACCAGAAUGUCCAAUGCAUCAAGCUUCUGUUUCUGCCAAAGAGGAGGUGAAGAACGCUCCCUCUGUACCGGCGCAUCAAGAACGAGCCUAUGAGUUUGUAGAGUGUCCAAUGAGAGCUGCCAGUGGAGUCAAACCCACACUGUCUGACAUCAACCCAGCAAAUAUGAUGCCUCCACCCAACCAGCAGCCCUCCCCCGGCCAGCCCUUCUCCUUGUCUGUUGUUAGACAGGAGUCAAACAUCCCUCGUUCAGGAUCAGGGGAUAACUGGGUGUACCCCUCUGAGCAGAUGUUUUGGAAUGCAAUGCUGCGAAAAGGUUGGCGAUGGAAUAAGGAUGAUAUAAACCAGAAGGAUAUGAACAAUAUCAUCAGGAUUCAUAAUCAGAACAAUGAGCAGGCAUGGCAGGAGAUCUUGAGAUGGGAGGCUCUCCAUUCAAAAGAAUGUCCAUGUGGGCCUUCCCUCAUACGAUUUGGAGGCAAAGCAAAAGAGCUCACCCCAAGGGCCAGGUUUCGUCACUGGAUGGGGCAUGAACUUCCAUUUGACAGGCAUGACUGGAUAGUUGAUAGAUGUGGAAAAGAAGUCAGAUAUGUAAUUGACUACUACGAUGGAGGUCAAGUCCCCAGGCACACCAUUCUAGAUGUUCGUCCAGCCUUUGACUCACUUGAGUCAGUGUGGGACCGCAUGAAAGUGGCCUGGUGGCGAUGGACUUCCUCAUAAAUGACAUCUACAUAAUGUAGAAAAUCGAGGUCUGUAAAUACAGUCAUUUAUAUAGGUAUAGAGGGUGAAGAAUUGUAUUUAUUGAACAAUCUCAGUUAUAAAUGACACAACAAAAGUUAUUUGCUUUGAUGGGAAUGGUUUAGGUUAAUAUUCAGAGACUACUUCUCAACGGUUACCAUUGCUUGUGAUGUAGAUAUGCUUAUUUCUGCCUGCUCUCAUCAAAUUGUGUGUACUCAUGAAUGUUUGGGAUAUUAUGAUGGCACUGUGUGCUGUGGUGAUGGUGAGGGAGGGACGUUCUUUGUUUUGAAAUGUAUACUUGUAAAAUAUAUAUACAGCAAUAUGUUAAUCUCUCACCUCUCAGAGCAUUAUUCUCAGUGUAUGGAAGAAUUUCAAGGAGAUGCUCACAUGAACAAAUCAAAUUGAAGAUAUUUCUGAUGCCAAUCUAUCAAUGACUGAAACUGUACUGUGAACCUAUGAGGCUUGGCAAUUUUAUUAAAUUGUGUCUGAAAAAACAACGUGGUAUGUGACUGGCAACCAUUUUCAGUUUGAUUUAUAAUUCAAUGAUUCAGUUCUGUAUUGCUCAGUUAAUCCACAUGCUUUUCUUCCU